AUGAGUGCUGACGUAUUCAACUACAUUCUCGCGAUAAUAAUUUUCGCAGUAGGUCAGCUAGAUGGCGCAGAACUUUCGUACAAGUGUCCCGAAUUAGGUGUCGUCUGCUUCGCUACUUUCGGACCCGACGUUUUGAUUCGUCACGUAGGGCAUGCCUCGCUGAUCUGCUCGUCCAUUUCUCCGAAUCUCAAGAUUCUCACCGAUGAAAGAGUGAAAGAUGAUUUUUUCCUGGAGUUUAUCGCUGCUAACAAAAUGAACAAUACGAAAAUUAUUAUAACUGGGGAAUCUAUUAGUAGGAGGGAACAGAGACAAACGAUUGACAGGAAAACAAAAUGUUUGCUGCCAGCAAGAUAUUUCUUGAAAGAUUCCACAAAGUACCAAUGCAACGACUUGAAAACUGAGAUUGCUGUGGUCUGCCAGAAAGCCACUUACGAUGAAUGCAAAGAGGCCUGCGAACUCACUCAAUACUGUGAAGGUUUUUACAUUGAUGGGACUUCUUGCAUUGGCUACUCCAAUCUUUCAUACGACGAUGAUGUUGACAAUGAAACCAGGAAAACAAGAGAAACGGAGUUCGUGAAGCUCUACCGACUGGACAGGCUGAUUGAAAAAACCGACAGCUGUUUUUCGGAUAUCAAGACGACCUCACCUCCAAGCAAGGAAGUCUAUCUGAAUGGUAACUGCAUUGUUUCUUAA